AUGAAAAUUAAUAAUAAAGAAUUUUGGUAUUAUUUCAAAUGCUUAAUUGACAUUGCUCUAUCGGCGAUAAUUUAUGGUUAUUCAAAAGAUUCUUUUAUUGUAACUAUCAAUACAGUUACAAUCCAAUUAUUGGGCAUAAUAUUAUCACCUUGCAUUAAGAAGAAAUUUGGUGGAAAGAAGAGAAAAUAUAUAUAAAUUGUUAUGUAAUUGGCUUAAUUGGCACAAAUAUUUUAUUGUUGCUUCUAUUUCACAGAAAUAUUGAGAUAUGGCUAUUUACUUAUUAAAUUUUAUGAAAAACAAUUAAUUGAUAAUCUAUAAAAGCAACUUAGUUACAUAUUUUUAAUUGCUUUGAAUGCUCUAUAAUUGUUUUUGAUGAUAUCAUCAAAUGAAUAAGGAGUUACUUAUUUUACAGUAGGAUAUGCAACGAUGUUGAUCUUUAAAGAAAAACAUCAAAAUUUGAAAAAAUAAGAGAAAAAUAAAUUUAAGGAGUUAGAAAAAACAGACAUCAAACCCACAUAAUACUAAACCAGAUAAUCCUUGUUAAUUAAUCGCAUAAAUGAAUCUGUUAGUUUGAAGUGGAUGAAUAAAUUAUAAACCUUUCCUGUUGGGAUUGUAAUUGUAAAAAAAUAGAAUUUAGAAAUUUUAUUUGAAAAUGAUUAAUUGCUCUAGAUUUUUGAAGCUGAAAACGAUAUCGGGAAGUUUAUUCUUGAGAAUUUGGAUUGCACAAUAAUUUAAAAGAAAAACACCUAUUUUUAGCAUUAAACCAGUAUAGUAUUAGACAAAAAUGGAGUGCUCUAAGCCUCAGGAACAUUGAAUUUACCGUAGCAGAAAAUGUAAAAUAAGACUUUUACGAUUAAACAAAUUUUAAAUUUAUUAAAUAUAGGGCAUUUAGAAAAAUUUAAGACCCGGGAUGAUCAAUUGGAAUUAUCAGCUACUUUAUGUAAAGGAAAUGAAGCCUUUUUUGAAGAGAGAAAUCUAUUAUUUAAAAUUUCAUCGGCCUAAGACGAAAAUGAAUUUUUGAUUAUUAUUCAAGAUAUCACACUCUAAACAAAUUUCAAGAAGAUAGAAACAAAAGAGCAGUUUAUUGUAAAAAUGAUUGAUUCCUUCUCCCAUGAACUAAGAACACCAUUGAAUAGUGCAGAACUAUUUCUCUAAGCUUUAAGUUAAACUAAUUCCUUACCUGUUUAAUUAAAAGAAAGUUUUAUAGAUCCUGCAAAAAAUUCAUUAAGAUUACAAGCAUACAUAAUAAGAGACAUAAUUGAUUUCACAUAAUUCAAUUAGAAGAUGAUCAAAUAUGAAUUCUCAGAUUUCAAUUUUGUAGAUAUUAUCCAAGAAAUCAAUGAUCUGUUUAAACUAAUUUUUUAACAUAAAAAAAUAGGAUUACAUGUAAAUGCUCAGAGAUCUAUUCCAACCGUCAUCAAAUCAGAUUAUUAUAGAAUCAUGUAAAUCUUAGUAAACAUUCUCUCAAAUUCAGUUAAGUUUAGUUCCAAAGGGUAAGUGGAAGUUGUAAUUCAAGGCUUCGACGGUUAUGUGUUAUUUAGUAUCUAAGAUUAAGGAUAAGGCAUAGAACCAUAACUAUUGACAAAAAUUUAAUAAACCCUUCAAGAUUUUGCUUUGAAUAGAAGUCUUUCUUAAUAGCAUGAAUGGCAAGGGUUGGGACUUUUGGUGAGUCAGAUGAACUUGAUAACUUUGGCACCUCAAAAUAAAUCCCAUCUUUAAAUUACAUCUAAAGGUUUGAAUCAAGGAGUUGAAGUUAAAUUCAGAAUUAAGACUCAGAGCUAAAUUUUCACAUAAUAGUUACCUUAGCAUAAAACUUAUAAAAGAGGAUCACUAUAAACACCUAACACAGUUCCCGAUCUCAGCGAAGGCUUAUAAGGUAUUCAAAUUCAAUCUACAUAAUUAGGCUUAUUAAUAAUUACAAAUGCUGAAUACAAGAAUACUUCAGUCAAAAAUAUACCUGUUAAAGAACUUCCUUCAGUGGCUGAGUAUUAUGGGAAACCAUCAUCUAAUUAGAUGGUUGGACUGUAGAAUUAAGUUGAGACGGAUCUUCAAAUUCAAGAUACUGAUAGAUAUGGUUUGACUCAUCAGCUUAUUUAAAUAUAAUAAAAUUUCAAUCCUAAAUUUAUGACUACUAAACAAAGACAAAAUUCAUUAGCAUCAAGAAUGUAACAAAGAAAUGAUGACCAGAGUUAACUGUAAACAAAUUUCAGUAAAGUAAAAUUCAAAUUUAAAUGUUCAUGUUAAAGAGCUUUGUCUGUAGACGAUGAUUCUUUCAAUCAAAAAGCUCUUGAAAUGAUUCUUGGACAGAUGGGAUUUGAGAUACAACUUGCAUAUAAUGGUUAAUAAGCAAUUGAAAUUGUCAAAAAUGCUAAAAAAUGCUGUGAAAAUUGUUAACUCUAUGCUUUCAUUUUGAUGGAUUGUUAAAUGCCUAUUCUAGAUGGAUGGUAAACAACCAAAAGAUUGAGGAAUAUGAUGAGUGGGAAUAUCAUACCCUCGAUUCCUAUUAUUGGAUUGACUGCAUUCAAUGGACAAUAUGAAAUAGAAAAAUGUUAUGAAAGUGGAAUGCAAACAGUUUUGACUAAACCAUUGAAUAUUGACGACUUCAAACAAACUUUGAUACGCAUUUACAGGUUUGUUUUAUGA